AUGAUGUACCCUACUAUUAGCUACACCAAUAACAAUACAUUCGCACCGAUCAAGAAGUAUGAUCAGAUCUUUGAGGUGUCUUGGAUGAUUGAUCAUAAUUUCAUUGAGUUGCUUCGUUUGAAGCUGGAGAGACGUGAGCCACUAUGGUUCACAAACAACGACAUCAGGAAACUCAUCCCAUUAAUGGACGCGCAUCUCUAUCAAAUGAUCGACCAACAAUACAAUCUCUUUGUUGGUAUCAACUUGCUCAACGAGACUCUGUACCAACUGAACUUUCCUCUCUUUCGUCAUCUGAUCAAAGAUGCCGAAGAGUCUGAGAUCGAGGACAUUGUCAAUCCCAUUCCCUACGUGCUCACCUCUGAUGACCCUGACCUGCUCAAACUGAUACUCAAGCACCAUUCAACAGUGGUGCUCUCAACCAACAAGUAUAUCACUGAGUAUGUACAGCCACCGGCGUUGGCCUCCACCAUGCAGACACUCCUCGAGUUGGGCAAAAUGGACAUAUUCGACAAUCUUUGUGAUAAUCUUAUGUACCUGAUCAUCAGACAUGGCAACAUCAUUGUGUUUGAGAAGUAUUAUUCCACCAUCUCUGAAGUGACCAUAAGUCCAUCACGAUUCGAAUACAUUGUCGAGCAACUGCUUGAUGUGGACAAGUUUACUCAAUCAUCCUUUGACACAUUAGAGCAUGUUAUGAUCAAGACACUCAACAUGAAGAAUGGUACACAAUUGAUAAAGCAGGCGCAAGACCAUGUUGCGGGUCUGCUCAAGAACUGUGUUGGGUACAUGAAGGAAGCACACAGCUUUAUACUACUGGUUGAGUACUGGUUCCUGCUGAAAGGUGGCUUUCAAUAUCAGUUCAAGGCCAAAACCGCGAGGUUCAGCAACUUCCCAAGGUUAUGCGGCACUAUAGUCUUGCUCAACAAUCAAUUUCUCAGCAAGGAGCUCACCCAGUACAUCAUUGAUCAUGGUGGCCUGAACACGAUCUACACUAAGGGCUCAAUCAAACAAGUCAAGCUCGCCUAUCAAUUGUCCACAGAACCACCAAGACAAAUCUUGAUUGACAAGUCAUCAUUGGAGUUCAUUGAAUUAGUAUACGGAUGGCAUCAAUCCACUCCUCAGUACCUCGCGCAGAACAUUGUCCAGAAGAAUAUAGACCCUUCGGUUGUCUCAUAUCUACACAGCAAGGGUGUAUCAAUCGAGAGGAAGGUUGUGCAGAGGCUGUGCGCCAUGGGUCACUUUAAGCUGGCUCACUCCAUCUUUCCCUUCAUCAACAACAACCCCAGCAAUCUACUGUUCGAACUCGUCGGUGUGCCAGAUGUGGAUGAGUUGGAGAACAUACUGUCACUCAAUCCCAAGUUCCCUCUCAGACUGUUCAGUUUGAAUGGUUCAAGUUGUGAGUCCAUCAAAUACUUGUUGGAACACUCUCAAGCAUCCGAUCAAGAGAAGACCAAGCUACUCAGUAUCCAAGGUACAAAGAGUAUCGAGCACAUUCAUCUAUUCUAUCAACAUUAUCGUGGUCUCAUGACGGAGAUUGAGGCCAACUGCUCUCAUAUGUUGAUGCUGCUGGUGAAUCGACAGUUCAAGAUGUUGCCACUUAUCAUGGACAAGUUCGCUGGUGACGUCCGACAGUCAAUAUUCAUGUUCUUUGGUGAGCUGGCAACCCCAGAGCAGUUUAUGGACUUUGCCGAGCUGUUGUGUCUGCACAGAGGAGUGAAGGAGAUUUCCGAGCUGACAAACAAGUAUACCAAGGACUUUGAGAGAACGCUGGGACGUGCUCUAAGUGUUGGCAACGUUGAACUUGCUCGUCACCUCAUGAACCUAUUGGAGACUUAUGGAGCAGGCACGGACUACAAGUCACUAGUGAAUAAUUGUUUGAGCACGGAUCGAGUGGAGUCUUUGGUGUUCAUGAUGGAGCAACUCAAGACCAACAAUGUGGAUAUAGAUGGAUUGAACAUACAUGAACUUGCACUGCGCUCAGCAAUGUCAGUCAAUUGCAAUAGACAUCUCAUGGAGCAAGAUGAUGACUACAGCUAUGAUACUCAAAAGUUCAAAGAAGCAUCCAAUCCACUCAUCAAGCUGGCACUCGACAGAGGUAUAAUCACACCGAAUCAUGUUGUCUUCAAGAGGAAGAUGAUGGUACCAUUCAUCGCCAGGUGGAGGAGACUGAGAGCAACAUCAAACACAUUAACAACCCACACACCAAACAAGAAGAGGAAGAGCAUACCAACAGCAAGUGAGAGUUCAAAGAAGAAGCCAAGGAAGAGGAAGAUAGAUAUAAUCAGUGAUAGUGAAGAUGUUAUUGUAUUAUAA